UAAACUUAAUUCUUAAGAAAUUGAAAUUUGUAAAUUAGUUUUUAAAUUUUCAUUUUUUAAGACUUGAAGAAAAAUAAAUCAGUUUUAAAUUAGCAACGAAACGAUCAAGUUGUUUAUAUUUUUAACUCUGUUAGUGACAUAACAUAACUGGCGCAGUCAAAAAAAAACAAAGUUGAAGGCAUAUCAACUUUAGCUCCCCACAACCAGAAGGAAGACUAAUUCAUCAACGGUCAAUCUCAUAAUUAGAGCACAUAAUAAGAGAAAGACUAUCGAUAAAGCAACCCGAAGGAAGACUAAAUCUUAUAAUUAGAGAACAUAAUUAAAGAGAAGCCAUAAAAAAAGAACAACCCGAAGGAAGACUAAAUCACCUACUUCAAUCAAUCAUCAGAACUAUGAAGGUCCUAAUAAUAAUAAUAAUAAUAGGAUUUAUACUGACACAAGCCGAUGUUGAAAUUGUUGACAUUUCUCCAACACAAGGAAUCAUUCCAUUAAAAUUAGGAACCGCUAGAACAAUUACCGACUAUAAACACCUGAUACAUAUAAUCAAUCUUGAUUCUUACGCAGACAGUAUACAAGAAAUAGAGAAAACUAUAUCCCAUUUUGAAACCACACAAUUUGCCAAAAUCGCUCUGAAAACAACAAAACUGAAAUUAAAAGAACUCAUUACAAAACUAAACCUAUUAACACCCAGAAAUAGACAAAAGAGAGGACUAAUAAACGCAUUGGGAUCAACAAUUAAAUUCAUAACCGGAAAUAUGGAUUACGAAGAUGCGGAAAAACUAAAUAGAGACAUUGAACGCCUAUUAAUGGAAAAUGGACGAAUAAACAAUACACUAAAUCAACAACUAAUUCUCAAUACUGACAUGAUAAAAAGGUUUGAAAACAUAACUAAUCAUAUAAACAAUGAGCAAGAUAUUAUAACAGCAUCCAUAAAAAAGAUGCAAGACCAAACCCGAAAUUCACUUAACCCUACAAUAAACACAAUAACACAAAUUCAACAUCUUAAUCAAAUAAACUAUAAUAUCGACAUACUCACACAACACUUAAACAAUAUCGCAGAGGCAAUUGUAUUAUCUAAAUUGAAUAUCAUUCCAAAAUUAAUAUUAGAUCCUAUAGAAAUAAUUCAAAUUCACAAAACACUAAAUAACACUAUAAAUAUACUCUCACCUGAACACAUAUUUGAACUUCUCGAAUUAACUGCAUACUAUAAUAACACUAAUAUAAUUUUUAACAUAAAAAUCCCAACACUAUCAAACUAUAAAUAUACAUUGUACCAUAUCGUACCAACACCAAUCAAUAAAACAUUAGAAAUUAUAAGCGAAGAAUAUGUAUUGAUCAAUGAGAAUAAUUCGAUAUUUUAUAAAGAUAAAUGUAAACAACUACAUUAUCCUCAUUAACCCUCCAAUACAACAAAUUAUUACGAUAUGUAACAAUAUUACCAAACAAUACACAAUUAAUAAAACUACUCUAAUUCAAUUUAUAAACUGUAAAGUGGCCAUCAAUAACAUAUGGUACAACAACGAAAACAACAUAUAUUGGGACAAUGGAAUCUUCAUUGAAAUACCACCCAAAUUCAACAAUAAAAUUACAGCCCUCUCAAACAAAAAUGAAAUAACACUUCCAAAACUAAAUGAAUAUAGAUUCCAAGAUAGAAAAAUAGUUGAAAACCUACAAACAGAUACAGAAAUACAUGAAAAAAUUACAUAUUCAGCUUUCGGAUCAGUAUCAAUUCUUAUCAUAAUACUAAUAAUUGCAAUAAUAAAAAGAAAACCAAUGACAAUAACUUAUUCAUUCGACCAGAAGAUUAA